AAUCUGGAGUCGCCGCAGCGCCAACCGCCAAGCCGCAAAACGGCGAGCCAUGCCCGGUGCUGGCCUUCUAUAAAACCUCGUCUACCUCGUCGUCAUCGCAGCGCCUCUCCCCCAUUCCUUCUCGUUCUCGUGCUUGAACACCACCGCGUAGUCUCGGGUCUUGACAAGAAGAGGAAGUCUUCGGAUCGGAGAAGCAGGGGAGGAGUACGAGUUCGACCCCCGCCGCAGCGGCUCGAGCGUUCGAGGGAAGGGGACGAGAUGGCGACCAGGACCGCAAGCGCGACAAGGGCAAGGGGAAGGAGGUGUCCGAGAACGAGGACAUGGUGUCGUCGUUCGCUCGUUCGCUGAGGGCGCUGCGGACAUGGGACGGCAACCGCUUCUCGGGCGCGUCCGGGUCAGGAGCAGGGAACCCCGACCAGGACGCCCUGGGCCUCCCUCCUCCUCAACCCCACCAUCAGCCUCACCGGUUGACGCUCCACACCGCCGCACCGGUCGUCCUGGGCCUCCCUCCUCCUCAACCCCACCAUCAGCCUCCUCCGCCCGUCGGUGCCGGCGUGCAGCAGCUCCAGAACCAGCCCGCGGUCGCCAUCCGCCCGGUGGGGCAGCUCGGUGAGGCGCCCGGAGGGUACGCGGCCCAAGUCGGGCAUCCAGUGCGCCCCGCCGCACCGGCCGUCCUGGGCAUUCCUCCUCCUCGACCCCACCACCAGCCUCCUCCGCCCGUCGGUGCCAGCGUGCUGCAGCUCCAGAAACAGCCCGCGGUCGGCAUCCGCCCGGUGGGGCAGCUCGGUGAGGCGCCCGGAGGGUACGCCGCCCAAUUCGGGCAUCCAGUUCCCCCCGCCGACCAGCCCGGACCGGACCCGACCCCGACCCCAACGACGAGGACCUCAAGUGCUCGGCCUGCCGGUACUAUCCGGUGCCGACGAAGGAUCAACCACGGUGGCAUAUCUGCGUGUGCGACGCCUGCAGGUCUGACGGCAUUUUUCGCUCGGUGUGCAACUUCGUCCCGUAGGGGGCUGCUCCCCUUCGAUUCUCUCAGAACGAUUGCGUUUUUUCUGAUGGGUUUCUGUUGUUUUUGUUACUGAUUAGGCAGUGGUUCCGAUUCUGCAGUAAUUGCUUCUUGCUGAUGGUUUUUUAGGCUUCUGUCAGAGUUAGUACAUUUGCGAUGUAACAUGGUUUUGGAUAAUGCAGAGAUCUCUUUGGAUUCUCUGUUUCUGCAUAAAUCAUCAUCGGCUGAAUUCACUUUGUCAUUGAUGGGGUCUCUGAACAUCACGUUUUCUCUGAUGGUUCUCUCAGCUUUUCAGAGCAGAUUAAGCAGGUGCUACGUCUGUGCAGUAAUGCCACUUUCUGAUGUGUUUUUUUUUUUGGCUUCUGACGUUUUUGUGAUGUAGCAGUGGAUAAUGCAGUUGGUUAUAAUCCAUACCUAACAACGCGAGGCUGCGAAAUUAAUUUGACUUAUUUGUGUCCUCUAUUUUGACAGAAAUCAUAUCUUCCAGAUGCUGGUUUGAGCAGUACUGAGUUCAUGCAGGGUUAUGAUGCUAUCGUCUGUGAUUGUGAUUUCUAAAUGUGAGGGUUAAAUGUUAGAUUGAUCUCCUCCCCAAUGGGCCCAAAGGCCCAUCGGGACCCUGAUCCGCGUCCUGAUCGGGAGCGCCCACCCUAGCAUUGGGUGGUGGGCCCCUGUCGCGCUGCGCUAUAUAAAUAGGGUGGUGGCCACGGCUCGGCUCACGAGGUUUGCUGUAGCCAGCCGCCCCACCGACACACCUACCAAUCUAGGUCUUGCGCAGUAGCGGCGGGAAGCACCACCGCCACCUCGCCGGCGACUCGACUCGGCACUGCGCGUCGCUGCCUUGCGCAGACUUCCCCACGCGAACGUGAGAUGGCCAGCAGCUUUGCUGCUACCACCCCUAGGGGUGAAGGUAUUCCUAUCUCUCUCUCUCUCGCUCUCGCUCUCAGUACACACCAGAAACACUAAGUUCUUCAUGAUGAUUAUGAUCCCGACUAGAUAUGCAUCUAGAGAUCCUAGGCACGCAUCUAACAAUGGUAUCAGACACCUCACUAGAAGCUUUUCUAGAUCGGGAAAAAGAAGUAGAUCCAAAAAGAAACAGAAAAAGUAAAACCCUAACCCUAACCCUAGAUCUAAAGAAAAGAGGGACGCGGGGAGGCUUACCUGCCGCCGUCCUCACCGCCGCACGUCCACCAACGGCGAGCGGCAAAGGCCGGCCGAGCCACGGGCUUGCCGGGGAAAAGAUCCACCCGAGCCGCCGAAGCAUCCGCUCGGGGCUGGGGGGGGCGCAACAUGUGGCAGAACCGUCCAACUUAAACUGGUUUAAAUGCGCCUAAUUGUUGCCGACACAGCAAUUAUGCGAAUCGCACUUAAAACAGUAUAAGUCCGGUCGUCCGUCGAGUGUCCCUAGGACCCCUCGAAAGAUCCACAUCGUGUCUCAUAGCCAUAC